AUGGGAAAAUCUGACAAAAAAAAUAAAUCGGAAAAAAUAAAGGCCCUUAGAAAACGCUAUGACGCUUUUUUAGAAGAAGAUAAAAAACGUAAAGAAAGAAAUGAUUACAUCUUGGAGAGAUUGGAAAAAAUGCGAUCCUGUAUUACGUUGGUCCAAGUACGAUGUAAGGGAUAUUACAAAGACGAUUGCGACUAUCAGGGAGGUGUUAUUAAAAGGGCUAAAGACGUACCACGUCAGACGUACGUGAAAACGGAUUAUCAAAAAAGCGAUGAGCUGAAUAUUUUAAAAGAAAUCAGCCAGAAAUAUAUUUUGAUACCGAAAGGCGCCUCGGAUCAUCCUAAACAUAACUAUGAUAGGGCGAUUUCGGGCGAUCCUGGACACGUACAAAACCCUUCCAAUGAUAUGGAUUGGAAAAGUAAAUACAGUAUCUUAGACGAACUAAAAAGAGAAGAGAAAGGUGAAAGUCCUAAAGUAACAUUUGAGAAGCGACAGGGAGAUAAUAAUGUACAUGAUGACGUUAAAAACGAAAACUAUGCUUUUAAAGACAAUAAUGUAAAAACAAGCUAUCAAGACGAGAACUCUAAUACCAGAGAGCUCUUACCUAAUAAAGGUGGUUAUGAUUUAAAUACAGUUAACAGACCAAAUAAAGAAGAGAGAAAUAACUAUACAAAUAAAGAAAAAGAACCAGAAAAUACUGAAGAUUUAAAUAUUGAAGCAACAUCUGCUUUAAGUGCGGAACAAGAUAAAAUACCAUUGGACAAAAAUAACGAUCAAGAACCCAAAUCACCGUUAAAUGAUUUGCUACCAGAAAACUAUGAAGUGGAUGUAAACCAAGAUCGAAUUUAUUAUAAAAGCAAUUUAAAAGAGGAAAACGAUUUAAAAAAUAACCUUUAUGAAAAAAUGACCGAAGCACCGCAACCAACUUCAGUAUGCGAGGAUAAAUACUUACCCGAAGAAAAAAAUGUUACACAAGUCGAAAUAAAGCCUACAGAAAAUAUUAUUCAAGCCGCUUCAAACUUACCAGCUAUUAUAAACGAUGAAAAUGUGAAUAUAGAAACUAAAGAAGAAAUUCCAUUAACAUAUUCAAAUAGUCCAGAGAUCAUAAAAAAUGAGAACUUGGUCAUAGCAAAACUAGCAGAAGUUGAGGCUCCUUUAAUAGAAGAACCAGGAACAGAUAUCAAAGAACAUCACGAAUAUCAACAACAGGAGUCGGACGUAAAGUCUGAAGGAAAUGUAGAACAGAACGCAUCCGUGGAUGUUAAUGAUGAAUUUGAGGCCGAACAAAGAGAAAUGUUUUACGAGGAAACAGGUAGCGUAUAUAAACAAGACGAUACAAAUGUAUAUCCAGAGGAAAACGAAACUUACGCAAAUCAAGAAUACUCCAAUUACUACGAAGACAUACAAAAGGAACAAAUCUAUCCUAUCGACAUAAACGAACACGAGGAGACCAAUGAACGCUACGAUCCUAACUACGAAGAACAGUAUGCGAAUAACUAUGAAGCUACAAACGAAAAUGAAUACCAAACGCAGGAAUAUGGCGUUGAAAAUACAUACAACCAGCAAGCUUACGAUCAACAUGAAGAAAAUUAUCAAGAGCAGCAGAUACAGAACUAUGAGGCUGUAGCAAGCGGAGACAAGGAAGCCGGCAAAGGAGAUCAAGCUGUUUACUAUGAUAACGCACAAACUAAUGAACAAUACGAAAAUAAACUAGGAGAUCAACCCGAUUCCGCUUACACACAAGGCUAUGAAACAGAAGAGUAUGCCGUUGUGCAAGAAGCUCCGGCAAUAGAGGCAAUUGAACAACAACUGGAUUUAGAAGACGAGUACAUACAAAACCCCAACAAAUCAGCUGAAAACCAAGAUUACAAAAACGAUAUCAAGCAAACAUCCGAAGUUAAACAUCCCGAUGUUAAAGUCAUAUAA